AAAUAGAUCGGGAAUAAAGGGUUAAGAAGUGAUAAAAAGUGUAAAACAUAGAAGAAAAAGUUCAUAAAAUAUGGAAAGUGUAUUAACCCCACCGUCGCCGUUUAGAUUUGAUGGAAAUUCGUUAGACUUAGCUUCAAGUAGCUUGAGUGACAAUUGGGCGAAAUGGAAAAAUGGAUAUGAGAUUUACAGCAAGGCUUGUGAAAUAUACAAAAAGGAAAAGGAAGUACAGUUAAAUAUAUUGUUGCAUGUGGUAGGUGAACAGUGUCGCGAAAUUUUAAAACAAUCAACGAAAUGUAUUACGGCUGAAGAUGUUUUUAAAAAGUUGGAUGAACACUUUAGAAUAAAGAGAAAUGUAACUGUUGAGCGGCACAGAUUUUUCAAAAGAGACCAAAAAGAUCAUGAAACCAUAGACCAGUAUGUGUAUGAUUUAAGGAAACUGGCUCAAACCUGCGAGUUUGGAACACUUGAAGAGGACUUGAUAAAGGAUAGACUAGUGUGUGGUGUUAUCAGCCCAGCGAUCUGCGAGCGACUUCUUCGAGAAGACGACUUGAAUUUAAAGAAGGCAUUAGAAAUAUGUCGAGCUGCCAUAGUGUCUAAAGCAUACUCAGAAAGUAUAAAACGAGACAGUGAACCAACAUACGAGAUAACAAAAGAAAAUCAAGAAACAAGCAAUGAGAACAUCUGGGUCGUGCGUCGUGGCGCGGCGGCAUCGUCCCGAGGGCGUGGCGGGGCAUGGAGUGGGCGCGGGGCGCGCCGCGAGCGCUGGGCGCGGGCCCGGCCGCCACCAGCCGCCGGCGCCGCGCGUACGUCACAGCGGUCCGCCGCCACCACCGCCCCGCCCGCGGCAGCGUCCUGCAUGCAUUGUGGUGGGGUGCAUAGAAAAUACGAAUGUCCGGCCUAUGGAAAGAAGUGUUUACGAUGUCUAAAGAUGAAUCAUUUUGCGCGAGCGUGUCAGGUGUAUUAUGUGGAAGAAUCAGAUGAGCAGGACAGUGAGGCCGCCGAGUAG